AUGCCUACCCGCCAGCUCCUCCCUGGCCUCUUGCUUCUGUUCUGGACGCCUGCCAGCCUGGCCCGCCACGGCCCCCAGCUCUGGGGGGGCCCCCACGCCCACGGGACCCCACGCUGCUACUCGGCCGAGGAGCUGCCUCUGGGCCAGCCCCCGCCGCAUCUGCUGGCUCGAGCUGCCAAGUGGGAGCAGGCUUUGCCCGUAGCCCUGGUGUCCAGCCUGGAGGCGGGGGGCCGCAGGAGGCGGCACGACGCCCCCUCCGCUGGGACCCAGUGCCCGGUGCUGCGUCCUGAGGACAUGCUGGAAGCCGGCAUCCACCAGCGUUCCAUCUCCCCCUGGAGAUACCGCGUGGACACGGACGAGAGCCGCUACCCGCAGAAGCUGGCCUUCGCCCAGUGCCUGUGCAGGGGCUGCGUCAGCGCCAGGACGGGCCGCGAGACAGCGGCGCUCAACUCGGUGCCCCUGCUGCAGAGCCUGCUGGUGCUGCGCCGCCAGCCCUGCUCGCGGGAGGCCACGGGGCUGCCCACGCCCGGGGCCUUCUCCUUCCACGCGGAGUUCAUCCGCGUGCCCGUCGGCUGCACCUGUGUCCUGCCCAGGUCGGCUCGGUGAGCCCCGGCCUCGGCCGGCGUCGCCUGCGCCC